CGAGCUGGGCGCUGCCCGCGGGACCACCGGAGCCCGGGGCUGCUUGCGCUGAGCCGGGAGGGGCUGGGGGAGGCGGCCGCGCAUGUGCCGGCCGUGCCCCCCGCCCGGGCUGCUCCAGCAUCCUCGGCAUCCUCCCGGGCAUCCUCCCGGGCAUCCUCCCGGGCAUCCUCCCCGCCGGACUCUGCGCUCUGCAGCCCGCGCAACAAAAGCGCAGCGGCCGCGCCCCGCGGAGCCGCUCCCGGCGCGGGGCACCUGCUGCUGCUGCUGCUGCUGCUGCUGAUGGUGAUGGUGAUGAUGGUGAUGAUGAUGAUGAUGAUCCAACCCUGCUGCUGCUGCUGAUCCAACGCUGCUCGCGCUCCGCUCCGCCCGCGCCCUGCGCAGCGCCGGCCGCGCCCGCGGAGCCGCGGAGCUGUCCGGGCUCCGUGCAGGCUCCGGGCUCGGGCUCCGUGCAGGCUCCGGGCUCGCGCUCGGGCUCUGUCCGUGGUGCUGCCGCCCCCGCGGCCGAGCGCAGCCCCCGGACCGCGCCCGCCCGGCCGCUCCCCGCCCGGCAUCCUGUUGCGCCGGGAGCGCGGCGAGCGGGGGAAGAGCAUCCGAGAGCAUCUGAGAGCAUCCGAGAGCAUCCGUGAGCAUCCGAGAGCAGCAUCUGAGAGCAUCCGAGAGCCAUCGUGCCGAGGAGCCUGAGCGCCGGCCCGGCUCCGAACAAUGGCUGCGCUGCCGCGGCUGCUCUGCGCGGCCGCGCUCGCCCUGCUGCUCUGGGCUGGAUUUUGCUCCUCAGUGUGUGUGGAAGUCCCAUCUGAGACAGAGGCUGUCCAAGGGACAGACAUGAAGCUGCUCUGCAUCUCCUGCAUGAAGAGGGAAGAGGUGACAGCCAGCACGGUGGUGGAAUGGUACUACAGGCCCAACGGGGGGAAGGAUGAGCCUAUCUACGAGUACAGGAAAACCAACCACGAGUUCCCGAGCCGCUUCAGCGGGCGGAUCCAGUGGAACGGGAGCAAAGACAUGCAGGACGUGUCCAUCACCGUGGUGAACGUCACCCUCAACGACUCAGGCAUCUACACCUGCAACAUCACCCGCGAGUUCGAGUUCGAGAUCCACCGGCCUCUCUUCCAGAGCUCCAGGGUCAUCCACCUCACCGUGGUGGAGGAGGCUGGAGAAGACUUCACCUCUGUCAUCUCAGAAAUUAUGAUGUAUAUUCUGCUGGUCUUCCUCACGCUGUGGCUGCUGAUUGAGAUGAUCUAUUGCUACAGGAAGGUGUCCAAGGCAGAGGAGGCUGCCCAGGAAAACGCGACAGACUACCUUGCAAUUCCAUCGGAAAACAAGGAGAACUGUGCUGUGCCUGUGGAGGAGUAGCAGAGGGGAGGCAGCGCAGUGAGCGGCACCAAGGGGCUCUGAAGACAGAAGGACCAUGCCACACCAGCCAGCUUUGAGGGGAGCUCUGCGCUGUCAAAGGAGGAGCAGGGGGAAGUGUAAAUUCUCUUCCGUUUGCCUUGGACUCUGUACAGCCUUGACUUUGGUCCUGUGACCCACCUGAGCUGCCAGCCCGGUGCUGAAGGACUCCUCUGUGGAAGCAUGCUGAGCAAAAGGGUGCGGGCAGCACGGGUCCUCCCCGACUUUCAGUUCCACCAUCACCUCAAUGGCUUUGUAAAUGUCACCUGUCACUUCUUAGCUGCUCUCACCACCACCUUGAUUUGCUAAAUGUGCUACUUCUCCACUGCAGAGGUUAAGGGUAUGUAUGGCACGCUGCUCUGAGCUGCAGGAGUGCGAACAAGGAUCUCUUAGGGGGUUAUUCCACCACAUACUGCGGCCCAAGCGGUUUUCUUGGUGUUAAAACAGGAAGAAUUUAAUUAAUUAAUGGAGUCACUCUGAAUUUUAGGCUGUCCAUGCACAAGCAGAGUAGGGUGAGGACUGUAAUGCACUAAAAUUGGAAAUGUGUAGUAGGAAGGACAGGUCUCUGUCAUGUUCACACUUUCUUCUGGAGGGAAUUGAGAAUACAGACCAUGAAUUGUUCCUGCUUUGGGAAGCAGGAUGAUGUAAGUAUAAGAAUCCCCUGUGUCCCUGUCAUUUAUCAAGUGUCAAAGCCCUCAUUCCACCUGCCUGGCACAGCAGGUUUGCUCCUGGAGUACACUGAGAGGAGGAACCUGCAACAGCUGGCAAGGCAGCAGGACAAGGUAGGGGAUCCACCUUUUCCUGGGAAACCCCAAAAAGGAAGGCAGCCUCAUGCUGGUAGGCAGGAGAAAUAAACAGGAUGCAAAGCCCCCAUAGCUUAAUAAAAUGGUUGUAGUUUUAUAACUAUGAUGGUUCUCUGGUGCUGUAGCAGCACCAUCUAGAGGGAUAGACAGAAAACACCCGCUUUUCCCAGUUAAUCCUAAUUCUCUCUUGAGGUAAUUAAUCACCAGUAUAAAUAGUCUGGAUUAAUCCUAAAUGAUCUUCUGAUGCCCAGGAAUCACCCCAGAAAUUCCACCUUUCCUAUGCAAACUUACCUUUUCUGAGGGUUAAGCAGAAUAAAAAUUGUUUUCUGCCCU